GGAAAGUAUCCUGGGAGGGUGUGCGUUAUCGAUCCUAAAGCCACAGCACAGGACACUUUGCAUUGGUAGAGUUGUCCAUCUAAUGACAGCGCCAUCCGUGAUUGCAGAAUCACUGUAGUGAUCACAGGUGACUUUGCCAUAAGUCAUAAGAAAUUAGUCAUUAGUCAUUGUUGUUUUUGUCAAUGAACCAUAACCUGAGAAAAAUAAAAAGUGUAAUCUUGCCGAUGUUGAAUACAAGUAUAUGAGAUGAAGGAGAUGCAACUAUCGAUAAAUCCCUGGUUUCAGGAGAAUUUCUGUUCUUGGCAUUAAAAACUAAGGCACAAUUAAUUUUUAUUAUAAUGACACCUUCAGACAAAGAAGACAUGCAUCAAAUUCUAAGCAAUAUCGACUCCGCUAAAGACAAGUAUCCUUGCUGCAUAGUUUGGACACCCAUACCACUAUUAACAUGGCUUUUUCCAUUUAUUGGGCAUAUGGGAAUCACAAUGUCAAAUGGUGUUAUAAGAGAUUUUGCAGGCCCAUAUUUUGUAUCUGAAGACAAUAUGGCAUUUGGUAGACCUACAAAGUAUUGGCAGUUGCAGCCACCUCGAGCUAGGGGUGGAGUAGUAGGAUGGGAUGCUGCUGUCACUGAAGCCUCAGACAUUUACAAAGGUCGCAUGCACAACUUAUGUUGUGAUAAUUGUCAUUCACAUGUUGCAACAGCAUUGAAUUUAAUGAAUUACAACAACUCGUCCAACUGGAACAUGGUCAAGCUUGCAAUACUAAUGAUGGUCCAUGGAAAAUAUGUUUCACUGGCUAGAUUCCUUAAAACAUGGUUACCAUUUACCAUUAUUGUCACAGCUAUUGUUCUUAUUUCAGUAUUUGUUAUAUAAUUUUAUUUUUUGUGCCAGUGUCUUAUGUGUAAUUAAUAUCUGAAAAGAAAAAUAGUAACUUUAUAUAGUCUUUCAUUUCAAAUUUUUAUGCAGUGUAUGUGGUAUGUCAUAAUGCCAUUUUCAGAAACUUACCAUACACAUUAGGAAUUGUGUUAAAAGUGGUGAGGUGCAAAUAAUGGAGAAAACAGUAGUUUGCAUAAUGUUAUUAUUGUGGAAUGAAACAUACAGUGAAAAAACUUUCAAAUAUAAAUACAUCCAAGAAUGGAAGUAACAUUGCAAGCAAAAUGUGUGAAACAUGGAAUACAUGUACAUCAAGGUCAAUAAAAAAUAAACUAGA